ACUCGAUCGAGGGGGGGGCACACCGCAGGAAAGUCGCGACAGGACGACACGAAUAUCUUAAAAUUUUGCAUCGCGCCCGCCGGAGCCGACCGCCGCCGCCGCCGCCGCUUUCGCAGAUCAAACCGCCGUCGGAGCCAAACGCCGCCGCCACCGCCACCGCUUUCCGACUUCAAUUCGACCGUUAAGCCUCUUGCGGGAAACGAUUCUCCGAAUCCUCCCGAUUCGUUUCCCUCCUCGCCGCUCGGUUCGCUAGGUUUUCCUCUCCGGAUUGCCCUAAUUCUCAGCCCCUUCGCUAGGGCUGCUGCUGCGCCUGCAACAACUCCGGCUGUUCCGCCUUCGAAUUCGGCGGCCCGCUUUCGUCUGGAGCUUCGAUUCGAGCCUCCCGCCCGCCGCGCCGUGUUCGGAAACCCUAGUUUCGAGCUUCGACUCGAUGGGUUGGGCGAGAGAUGGGUUUCCUUAGAUGGGUGAGGGGCGGUUCUUCUUCCUAGGGUCUGGAGUCUAAUGGGUGCGUUGACGGGCAACCGGAAGCGCGGAGAUGAGUUCUCGAGCUUGAGCAACAGGGAGACGAAGCUGCACGGUUCGCCGGGCUCUCACGCCUCGAAGAGGCCGAGGCUGUUCUCCCCCAUGCAGCAGUCGCCUGGGCGGGCCGUUCCUUCGAAGAGCGCCGUCUCCAGGAUCGCCAGAUACCCGGAAGCCGCGAGCAAGUUGCGCCGCGAGGUCCAUGCCCCGGUUAGGACGAGCAAAUUCGGGUCUUCCGCGUCUGCAUUAGGUAGGAUUUCUUUCGGUAAAGGUGAUUACAGUAGUGAUUAUAUGGGUAAUAUUAUGUACAAGUACCAGAAGGCGAAGGCUGGUGCGUUGGGGUCGCUGAGAUAUUUCACGAGAGAGAAGGAAGUGAUUGACUUGGUGGAUGACGAGCCUAGGAAAGAGAUUGUGUCCCUGGAUUCGAGUAUAGAGGAAAUAGAUGGCUUUGAAGAUGGGAGAGAGACGUCUGUUGCGUCGGGUAGUAGGUCAAAGGACGAAAAUCAGGUCGCCACGAAUGCACAGGAAUCCAUCGUGUCAGAGCUGAGUAAUGGGAAUGCGGGGGUGGAGACUCCUGAGAAGAUGAUGUACAGGUUGUCCUUAAAUGCCGAUGAUCCUGAGAUUCUGAGCAAGUCGGCCUACCAGCAGUUGCUUGAAAAUGCGAAGAGGCGGGAUGCUAAACUUGGAAGUUUGGAUUUCGAGAUAAGAUUACAUGAGGAAAAAAGGUCCUUGUUUCAAGAGUUGCGUCCAGCCAAAAAACCUGAUGAGAAAGUACCUAGUGAGCCCUUCAUUCCUCUUACGGAUGAGGAGGAGGCAGAGGUUCAACGUGCACUUUCAGGCAACCGGAGGAAGGCUCUUGUGUAUCAUGAGGACUCUGGCAUUGAGAUCAUAGGAGAAACUCUGUUGUGCCUUAGACCUGGUGCCUGGUUAAAUGAUGAGGUCAUAAACUUAUAUCUGGAGUUAUUGAAGGAACGUGAGAAAAGAGAUCCACGGAAGUUCUUGAAGUGUCACUUUUUCAACACAUUUUUCUACAAAAAGUUAAUCAGUGGCAGGAGUGGGUAUGACUAUAAAGCUGUCAGAAGGUGGACUACCCAGAAAAAGCUGGGUUAUAACCUAAUCGAUUGCGAUAAAAUAUUUGUGCCCAUCCACCAAGAGAUACACUGGUGUCUAGCCAUCAUUAACAAGAAAGAUGAGAAAUUUCAAUAUUUGGAUUCCCUUGGAGGAAGGGAUUCUCGAGUGCUGAAUGCGCUGGCCAGAUACGUUGUGGAUGAAGUGAAGGACAAGUGCGGAAAAGUCAUAGAUGUAAGCUCGUGGGAGCAAGAAUAUGUCUCAGACUUGCCUGCACAGGAAAAUGGGUUUGACUGUGGAAUGUUUAUGAUCAAGUAUGCUGAUUUCUAUAGCAGAGGGUUUGAGCUUUGUUUUGACCAGGAUCAUAUGCCCUAUUUUCGGCGGAGAACAGCAAAGGAGAUUUUGAGACUAAGAGCUGAUUGAAGAUGUUGCAAAUGCAUUUGGAUUCAAAUUUGAAGAUUUAGGUAUUAAAAGACAAAUUCCUUUUGGUUGAUAGCCCCGGGCAAAAGCCUAAUGGAAAUUUUCAUACAUUUCUAUGUCUUGAAGCUGAUGCUGUCAAUAACGCUGUUAAAGCAUGUGGUUUACUGAAAGGGGAAUUUGUACAUACAUAGAAUGGAGCACUGCCCCAUGAACAAUGAGUUGCAGCGUGCAAAGGUCAAUAGGCAUCUCAGUUUUGAAGUGCUCUCGCUUCAUCUUGUGCUUGUUCUUGUCCUUUUUUGUAGAUUUACCUCUGGAAGCGUAGAAAGGUACUGAAUGAGUUUUCCUUAGAAAAGUUUGUGGGAAUGUUGGCUAUAUAUUUGCCUAUCUUGAGUCGAAAUUGAAUUGGAAGGAAGACCUGCCUGUUAUUUGAAAGUGUCAGCUGUGAUAUAAAAUACAUGGAAUUAAUAA